AUGGGUGUGUUGGACAAGCUUACUAUUGCCGUUGUCGGUACCCAUCCCCACGAUGCCAAGCAAAUCAAAGUCUGGAUCGAACGAAACGGUGGCAAGUUCUCUGCGAAGAUCAACAAGAGCGUCACGCACCUCAUCGCCAGUAAAGAAGCAUACAAGAAACCCGCCGACGCUGUACAACAGGCCACCGAUGUCAACAUCCAUGUAGUCAGCUAUGACUGGUUUGACGACUCCUUGCAAGCGAGAAAGAAGUUGGGUAUUAGGAAGUACACGUGGGAAGUGCUCAUGAAAGAGAGGAGGAAAAAGAAGGAGCUCAAGAGGCUGGGUACACAAACGGAUGGCAGUAAGUUCAGGACGGGGUGUGAGAAGAUCAAAGGGUUGACUGGAUCAGGUACGUCGAAGACAUCUCCCAUUCGUGUGAGAAAACCGAGGAAGAGCAAGAGCUUCUUCUUCGCCACAUCCGCCCCAGCAGUUCCUUCCGUUCCUUUCAUUUCCGCGAAAGAAGACCUCUUACGUAGGAGGGCGGAAAGAGAGGCUGCAUUAGCUGAGGGGGCUGGGGCUGGGGCUUCUGAGGGCCAGGCGAAGAACCUCAUUGAAGUCAUGGAUGACACUCCAAGCCCGGCCAGACAAUCUGCGGGCUCUUUCGUUCCAAAGCUUAUCACUUUUACCAAUAAGCCCAAGCCCGUCCCUGUUACCUCCAAGAAAGAACCACAAGCUAAGAUGUCUCACUGGAAAGAGGACUAUCACUACUAUCAAGACGUCGACGGCUUCGAGUACAAGAUCGUUCUUGUACGCGGCGACAAUUAUCCCGAUGGAUAUGCGCAUUAUCAUCUUGGGCUAUUGGAGAGUCAUACAAAGCCGCAUGUGUACUGGGCACUUGUGCAGUACAAGCCCGCUAAAAUCGUGCCAUCCACAGAGAAAGAAGAGAAGGGAGAUGUAAAGCAUCAGGUAUCUCUCAGCGACGACACCACACAGCAUCCUGAAGCGAAUCGUCUGCUUUCCAUCGUCACCAAACCAACCCCAACACCAGAGGCUCCGUACAACGGCGAGCUAUGCCCCCGCCACAGUGACUUCGCCGCUGCCUCUCGCUCCUUCCGCCACGCCUUCCGCGAUCUAACUCUCCUCUCCUGGGAGGAACGCUUCGACGACAAGACGCUCCAAAAAGCGCGCGCCCAAAUCCUCAACAUAGAGCCCUUCUGGUACGGAAAACCGAAAAUGGGCAUGCCAAUGGGCAACAUAUACACAGGUACAACAACCGGCCUCGAAGUCUGCGGCGACAUAGCCGACUCCUACACCCGUGGCACCUCUCUCUUGCCCUCGAUCUCGCACCCCCUCAUGCGCCACGGCAUGAUCGGCGGUCCCAUCCACCGCGACGCCGAAGAUACCCGCAAGCGCGAAGAAGCGCGUCUCCAGAAGAUCGUCGACGAUGAGGAGCUUGAGAAGAGGAAGGCAGGUCUAUUGCGCGCGAGGGAUAUGAAGGUCAAUCAUAAUCGACCUAUGUUUAAUGGGCCGAUGGGUAGGCCGACGGUGGAUGCGUAUGGCCAGCAUAUCAGUUAUAGGGGGGAUGGCGGGGUUAAUAAGUACUCUGUGCCCAUGCCGGUGGGGGGUGCUGGGAAUGCUAACAGGGGGUUUGUGGCGCCGGAGUUUGCACAUUUGUUAGCGGGGGCGAAGAGAGAGAGGAGGGCUUGGCCGAAUCAGAGGGAUGAUUGA